AUGGCUGAAAAACGUUUAAUAAAAGAAUAUACAAGAUAUCAAAAACAUUCACCAUCAUUAACAAAUCAUCAAAUAUUAGAAUUAAAACCAAUAAAUGAUAAUAAUCUAUUUAAAUGGGAAGCAACAAUAACAAAACAAACUCAACAAGAUUCACCUUAUUAUUAUGGAGGUAAAUGGAAAUUAAAUAUAGAAAUACCAUCAACAUAUCCACAACAACCACCAAAAAUAAAAUUUCAAACAAAAAUAAUUCAUCCAAAUAUUAAUUUUACAACAGGAGAAAUUUGUCUUGAUGUAUUACAAAAAAAUUGGGUUCCCACAUGGAAUUUAGAAAGUUUAAUAAUUGCAAUUUUACAAUUAUUAGAUUAUCCUGAAAUUGAUUCUCCAUUAAAUAUUGAUGCUUCAAAUUUAUUUAGAGAUGAUGUUAUUGCUUUCCAAUCUUUAUCACAAUAUCAAAUUUGGAGAAAUUCUUCUGUAAGAAACAUUAGUGGUGUUAAAAGUUAG